AUGAGCACACUUUUUUCUGGCCCUGGGAGUCUCUCUGCCUUGUUAUUUAUUUAUUUAUUUUCUCGGCUUUCUGAGUCUGCUUUUGCUUUGUGUAAGAUCAGUGCUUUGGAACACAAAUUUGGAAGGAAGAAAAUGCCAUGUUCAAAGGAGGAAGCUCUUGUUAGGCUGUUCUACAAUGUCUCAAGCUUCUUCCACCUUCUUUUCCUCUUCCUCUACUGCUCCACCCUUCUGCUCCUCAAGCUCUUCCAUUUUCUUGGCAGCAAUACAUUAAUUCAGAGAAACGAAAAUGGAUACGAGUAUCACUUUCUCUCCGAGGAAGAAGAAGAAGAAGAAAGGUAUGUUCAUCAUGCUGAAUGCACUGAGAAAGAUGAUCAUCUUGUGGCUGACAUCAUUCAUGGCGGUGAAGCAGUAGUGUCAUUAAGUAGCCAAUCUCAGAGGUCUAACACUCUUUCUGAAGAAUUCGUAACCCCAAGUGAAACGCUCUCUGUUCAUGAAUCUUCCCGAGGUUCGGAAUCUGAAGAUGAAGUUGAAGAUGUGUUCGUGGAGGAAUUACUCCCUACAAGAGAUAUUAAUGAUGCUGAUUCGGUUCUUCUCAAAUCGAAUCCAAAUCAGAGCAGGCCCACCACAUCCAUGCCAACAAGCAUAAACCUCCGAAAAAGUGAAUUGGAUCAGGACAAGGACAAAAACCCAGAUCAUGAAGAUCAUCACUUUCGUAGUACUGAAAGAAAAGAUAAGGAAUUCUUGAUUUUUGAACCACCCAAGUCGGAGACAAGGAGGUUUCUAGUUCAAGAAAGGGAUGAUGAUGAUCAUGAUGAGAUCUUUGGCGACUCCUGCACCGACGUUGGUUCUACAUCUAAGAGUUCAUCUGAGUGGAGAAGCUCGAUUAAUUGCAGGGAUUCAGGAACUGAAGAUCCAUUUUCUUCUUCAUCUAGGAGGAGUUGCCCCAAGUGGGAAUCCUACACAGUGUUUCAAAAAUAUGAUGAAGAAAUGACAUUCCUAGACAGAAUCAGUGCACAAAAGCUUCAUGAAACAGAAUCACUUAGGUCUAUUCAAGUGUGUUCAAGAUCAAUAUCACAGAGAAUUGUUCAUAAGUUUGCAACGAUGAACAAAAGGCCGCCGGCGGCAUCAGAUAUCCGGCAGAACCCAUAUCAGGAACUGGAGGCGGCCUAUGUGGCACAGAUUUGCUUAACAUGGGAAGCUCUUAAUUGGAAUUACAAGUAUUUUCAGCAGAAGAGAGCUUCCCGCCAGGAUCUUGACCCCGGCUGUCCUGCCCAUGUUGCUCAAGAGUUUCAGCAAUUUCAAGUUCUUCUACAGAGAUAUGUAGAGAACGAACCUUAUGAGCAAGGCCGGAGACCUGAGGUUUAUGCAAGGAUGAGGCUUUUAGCACCAAAGCUGCUUUCGGUGCCAGAAUACCGAGAUUCAGAAGACGACCAAAAGCAGGAUGGUUUUGGAUCAAGAAUUUCAUCAGCAGAAUUUCUUACGAUAAUGGAGGACGGAAUCAGAACUUUCAUGAAUUUUCUCAAGGCUGACAAGCAAAAACCAUGCCAGAUUAUAUCAGCAUUUUUUAGGAGAAACAGAAAGGGUUCAAUUGAUCCAACUCUUCUCAAUCUGAUGAAGAAGGUUAAUCAAAAAAAGAAGACAAAGCUUAAAGAUCUUCGAGGUGCAUGGAAAUGCUUGAGAAAAAGAAGGCUGAAGGUAGAUGAAGAGAUGGAGAUAUUAAUGGGUCUAAUAGACCUGAAAGUGGUGUCUAGGGUUUUGAGAAUGAAAGAAAUAAGUGAAGAACAAAGGCAUUGGUGUGAAGAGAAGAUGAGCAAAGUUAGAAUUUUGGAAGGUAAACUGCAAAGAGAUUCCUCAACACUUUUCUUCCCAGCUCACUGACAUUGACCCACCACCAUCACCACACAGCAGCACCACAUUUUAUUGCUAAGUUAUGACUAGAUAAUGAAUGUGCAUGCACGACUGCACAACAUGAUGAAUAUCCUGGACACUUUUUGCAAAUACCUUAAGAAAAAAUGUGGAUCAAAGUGAGUACAAUACAUGUGGAUGAAAGAGAUUUUUGGAGCAAUGGAAUCCAUGAAAGGAAUAAGGAAUAUGGAUGGAUGGAUGGUUGGCUAGCUGCAAGCAUGCAUGACUCAUCAAUUCUGAAAGUGAAAGACCGGAUAUUACAAAGCAAGUUGCUGGGCCAAGGAACAUGCAAGAAGACAGAGACAAUUAAGGAUAUAGCUUUAGCUUGCUUUAGCUUUUUUUCUUUUUUAUCUUUUAUCAGAUCUGGUUUUUAAUUACAAGCCAUUAGAGCUGACUAGCUAAAAAGAAAGACUCAGCAAGGCUGCUAGACGUUCAGUGGGAUAAAAAGGUAUACUAGCACAUGAAGGCGAUUAGUAGACUCAGCAAAGUAGAAAAAUAAAGCAACAAUAUUAUUAUUUAUUGGUCCUGAAUUUAGAGUACCAUAUGUCAUGAUCAGAUGUAAGCUUGAAUUCUAAACACAAAUUUUAAUUGAUGAAUGGGUAAAUUUGCAGAUCUUA